AAAUCAGUCCGGUCGGGCCGAAGACAACACGUCUAUAGCCCGUCCUUGUCACUCGUUCGCGUUAAAGCGAGACGGGUAUUGCAGGCAGGCCGGUGCUGAUCGUAUUCCGUCGAGGGUGUCGCCAUUUUCGUUUUGACGAAUAUUGACAGCACGGCAGACAGACAGUGGCGCGGUCGUCGACGCAGCGUCUGCCGGAUUAUUUUUAUUUUGAUAGUGAAUCAUUUAACGACCUUACUACGUUUGCUGACUCGUUACGCGUCGGGUAGCAAUAAAAACUCUAUUUACUACAACAGUGACGGCUUGACGAGUGAUAGACGGCAAAUUUUGGUGCUAACCUCUCCGUUUCUUUUUUUUCUCUCGUCUGUGUUUUUGAGAAUUGCAAGGCUGAUCGAUAUGUGCAAGAUUUACUACAGAUGACUCUGCGUUACUCAACCUCGUGUUGAUUUCUUCUGAUGAGGCGGCGAGGCUGGUGAACUUGGCGGUAUGCAGGGCGGCGGUGCGCCCGCCGCGGACGCCGACCAGGCGCAGUUCGAAGCUGACAAACGAGCCGUGUAUAAACACCCCCUCUUCCCACUUCUGGCCUUACUCCUGGAGCGAUGCGAGCAGGCGACGGCGGGGGCCGAGCCUCCCGCGGCGGAGGCCUUCGGCGCGGACCUGCAGGCCUUCGUGCAGCACCAGCGCAGGGACCGGAGACCGUUCCUAGUCGAUGACCCUGAGAUAGAUGGACUUAUGAUUAAGAGUAUUCAGGUGCUACGUAUCCACUUGCUGGAGUUGGAGAAGGUGCAGGAGCUGUGCCGCGACUUCUGCGGCCGGUACAUUGCCUGCCUCAAGACCAAGAUGCAGAGCGAGAACCUGCUCAGGACUGAUUAUACUUCCGGUGGUGUAGAAAGCAACAACAAUCUCUCGGGUUCCAUAGACGAACACUCGAGCACGUCGAAUUCUCCACAAUAUCAGUCGCCCCCCGCCCCGCUGGCGGCCUCGUUCCCGGCGGGGUUCGCGCCGCUCCCCGACCUGCCCUACCCUCCGCGCGACAACCCGUCGCUCGUGGUCCAAGGUUCGACGCCGAUCAGUCAGAUAGGCGCGGGGCUGCUGUCCACUGAUUCCUUUACUGGUACCAACUCCAACAACUCCUGCUCCUCAGUGUCAGGGUCUCCUCCUCCGGAAGACGACGCUGAAGACUCGAGCGGCAAGCGAGGGGUCCUGCCCAGACACGCCACGCAAGUCAUGCGGGCCUGGCUGUUCCAACAUCUCGUGCACCCGUACCCCACGGAGGAGGAGAAGCGCACGCUGGCGGCGCAGACGCGGCUGACGCUGCUGCAGGUCAACAACUGGUUCAUCAACGCGCGGCGCAGGAUCCUGCAGCCCAUGCUGGACUGUGCUGACAAACCUGGUGGUAAAAAGGGCAAGAACGGUUCGUCUAUAAGCAAGAGGUAUUGGCCGGACGCGCUCUCCAACCCACAGUUCACAGCAGGUCUCCUCUCAUCAUCAGAAGACGAGGACCAGGAUGGGGAGCCCUCAGACACGGAACAGGAGACCAGCGAGCAGCCAGAACACACCACCUACCCUCUACAGCAGACCCUGCACUAAGUCAUAUAGGUAGGAUGGGAUUGGCACAUCACUAGUCGGGUACAACACUAGACUGAUGGUACACAGAUAUGUACAAUAUUACGGUCAAACAUAGACUAGAUGACAACACUAGAUUGACAGAUGUCUUUUUGAAGUCGAUGGUACAUGGAUGAAUGUUUUUGGCUUUGACGUAUAUUAAACUUAUGGAUAGACUCUUAAAUUGGUUGGGGUCGGCUUCCAGUCUAACCGGAUUCAGCAAAGUACCAGUGUUUUAUAAGGAGCGACUGCCUAUCUGACCUCCUCAACCCAGUUACCUGGGCAACACGAUACCCCUUAGUUAGACUGGCUGUCAGACUUUCAAGCUUCUGACUACCUGUAACGACUGUCAAAGAUGUAGGAAUAACAGCCAGGAACCACAAUUUAACGUGCCUUCUGAAACUCGGAGGAACUCGUUUUGACAUAGAUGGUUACUCUUACUCAUCCACGGACCGACUAUUUUAUCUAUCACUCAAUAAGUACCAGAAAAGUAAAAAAUAAACGAGAGCUUUUUAAAAACCACCAUUAACAAAACUAUCGAUUUCAAUCUGACAGCUGUCAUUCACCAAACUAGUGAUGUGCGAGUACCGUAAUCGAGAAUUAUCGAUUUAGUCGAUACCCAGUUACAAUUCAAUGUAUACGUAUUAAUUUUUAACAAUAACAUGACAGAUGCCAUGUCACAAGAAAAAAAACUUCAUUUAUUUAUAUAAAAAGACAUUAAUAAUAUAGAUUAUUGAGCCGUAUACCUUUAAUUAAGUUUAGUAUAGAAACUAAAAAGUGUGUAUUUUAAGUAAAAAUACCAUUAGUUUUUAUUGAAAAAGAAAAUUACUGUUUUUGAUGCAGUCGGGUAAAAUAAUGAGUGAAAAAUUAACAAGUGUCGUUUUUCAAUAACAUAAAGUAUACAAAAAUUAAUUUUAGUACUUUUCUCUAUACUAUUAUUAUGUAUACGAUCGACUUAGAUUUGUAUGUUAUUUAGUAAC